UGGGCAUUGACAGCUCCUCUGCAAACACAGACGCGUCAUCAUGUCUGCACUCCAGGGGGCGAUGGCAGCACUGAUUGGGGUGUUUCAUGAACACGCCGGGGGGAAUAGAACUCUCGAUAAAAAAGAGCUGGCUGCACUUUUAAAGAAAGAGUUUGAGGGCUUGGCCUCUAAUAACCCAGAAAGCAGUGGAUCAGAUUUUCACUGGUCUGGACCAGGACGGCAGCGGAUCUGUGGACUUCACAGAGUUCGUGACCAUGGUGGCCGCUCUCACCGCAGCUACCAAUGAGAUGUUAUGUG